AUUUUAAAGUUACUUCGUUAAAGCUUUUUGUUAAAAGAAUGAAGGUAAAAUUUGUUGAUAUAAUCCAAAAGUAAUUUUUAAUAUAAUUAUUUUAGAGGCCAAGUCAUUUUGAUGCUUUCAAAACGGAAAAAGCAAUUCUAAAAUUUUUCGGUUACCCAAUCGGGAAAGAUUCUUUUACUUUCAAAUUGUUAAUAAAAUGCACGAUAAGUACAACGAUCUCUAUAACAUUAAUAAUAUCGAUGGUGAUGAAAAUCGGGGUGGAAAUCAAAAAUCUACCCGAAAUUCUCGAAUGUCUUUAUUUUGGUUUAACUCAAACCACGUAUUUAUGGAAAACAUUUAACAUGUUAGCAAGAUGGAAACAAUUUGAUUUAUUAGAGAAUUACUUAAAACAACCAAUGUUUAACAUUCACACCGAGAACCAGGAUAAAUUUAUUGUUCGAGCAAUUAAAAUGACCGCCUUUUUCGCUACGAUGUAUCGAACAUCAGUCGGUUUAACAAUCAUUUUUUUCGCAAUUUUUCCUUACAUCGAGCACACUACCCCUUUACCAGGUUGGUUUCCCAUCAACACAGAUAAAUAUCAAUUUAUCAUUUACGUUUAUCAACUUUGCGCGUUAAUUUUAAACGGUUACAAUCACACAAGUUUGGACUGCAUAAACGCAGCGAUGAUAAGUUUGGCAUCGUCCCAAUUCGAAAUUUUAAAAGAUAAUUUACAAAAUGUAACUAAUGAUUUACCAAAAAAUGAAAAAGAUAAGAAUCGCCUUAUUACUAAAAGAUUACGAAGGAAUAUCGAUCACCAUAACAUGAUUUUAAAUUUUGUUAAAGAAAUUGAAGAGAUGUAUUCGACUGGAAUUUUCAUCCAAUUUCUUUGCAGCAUCAUUAUAAUGUGUGUAACGGGAUUUCAAAUGUCCCCGAAAAAAAUCCAAUACGUCACUUUAGUUCUGUACUUUUUUUGUAAUUUAAACCAAGUUGCUAUUUACAGUUGGUUUGGACAUGACAUUUUAGAUAAGAGUAGUGGAGUUGGUGAAGCUUGUUAUAUGUCCGAAUGGAACACUUUAAACCCAAAUGUAAACAAAUAUCUCUUCAUCAUUAUGGAACGAUCCAAAAUCCCAACGAUUUUGACAGCUGGGAAAUUCUUUAAUUUAACGUUGGGGACGUUAAUGAUGAUUUUAAGGACGUCUUAUUCGUAUUUGGCGGUUUUAAAACAAAUGUACAAUUAAUUUGUUAAUGUUCACGGUUAAUUUUGUUGUUAUUUAGGUCAAUA